AUGAUGGACUACAACACACUCAUCUCCGUGGCCUUCAACAAGAACUGCACCCUGACACAGUCCCAGCAGAGCCCGCUGCGGAAGGUGUUGUUGCAGAGGACGCUCUGGGUCAAGCUGCAGAACAAGUUUGCCGCCUCGGCCAACAUCGAGCGCGACGCCCUGCAGCCCGUGCUGACAGAAGAGGAGAUCCGCCCCAGGUCCAAGCGCCACCAGCGCAUGACUGCCGAGGCCGACAAGACCGCCAAGAAGAUGAGCGCGCUCGCCUCCCAGGUUGAGGACAACUGCCGCACCGCCCCCACCGUCUAUGACCAGGCGGAGAUUGAGCGCUCCCGCAACAUGGAUGUCCGCACAGACGCCAACCAGCGGCAGCAGCUGCAGAAGCAGAUGCAGCAACACCAGCGACAGCAGCAGCCCAUCACGCGCCGCCGGCGCCGCAGCCUCAACCCGGCCCCAACAAGAAUCACGCCAACACCGGCAAUGGCCCCAGCACCCAAAGUGUACCGCACCGACACCACCAAGAGCGCCAUGCAUGCACGCAACAGCAACAGCAACAACAACGCAGCAGCCACCCAUCCGUACCAUCCUCGCAAGAAGGCUGGCCGCCCGCUGUCUUAUCCAACCAUGCGCUACCACCAGCACCAGCCUCAGCUGCAGCCACAGCCAAACAAGCGCGCGCACCAGCAAGAGCAACAGCAGCAGCAGCAAGUACGCCAAGUCGCACAUCGCACGGGCUACUGCUCACCGCGAUCCAUCCGCCGCCAUGUCCAGUCCAUGCCUCCAGCCGUCCUGUCCACGGCCCGCUGAUGGCUUGUCAUUUUUGUCCGAUAUCGUUUCCUUUGCCUUAGACUGCUGACUCCC